CCACCUUCGUAGUGUUCUUCUUUCUUUGUUUUUUCUCACAGUGCACUCAACGCCUCCAUGUGUUGAGCGCUGACCUCUCUCUCUCUCUCUCUCUCUCUCUCUCUCUCUCUCUCUCCCUCUCCCUCUCUCUCUCUCUCUCUCUGUCAGUUCUUCUCUUUUUUACUCUCUGUGCAGCUGCCGACCCUCCAUACCUCAGGCAACUAAAUCAGCAUCUUCAUCUGGACUUCUGUUGGCAGCUGUUUUACAUCUCCAGGGGGAGUGCACACAGAUACUGUUCUCAAAAAUGAAGCUGUCCUGAGACGUGUUUGCUCAGUGGUUUUGGUGGAUGUCGCUCCUCGCCAUGGCAGCAGCUCUCCCUGUGUUUUACCACGGCGCCAUCACCAAGACCGAGUGUGAGGAGCUGCUGGGGAAGAAGAACAAGGACGGAGCCUACCUGAUCCGAGACAGCGAGACCAUCCAGGGAGCUAUGUGUCUGUGUGUUUAUAAACAGAGGGUGGUGUACACCUACAGACUGCUGCAGACACACACUGGAAACUAUACUCUCAUGACAGCGGGAGGUUUGGAUGAGGCAUUUUUUAAGAAUUUGGACGAUCUGGUCCGUCACUAUAAAAGGAAGAACCAGGGCCUGGCCAUGCACCUUCGCCACUCUGUCAAAAGAAAGACGGCCUUGUUGAUCCAGCCCCAAAAACGUCAUGAUCCACCUGAUUCACCUGAGGCACAGGGGAAGCAGAUGCCCGUACCCGAGGAAGACCAUGACUAUGAGAAUGCUCCUGACUCAGAUUACGUCGAAGUGUUGCCUGAUUGAACAACUUUGACACUUUAACACAUUAGGAGAGCGGAAAAGACAUUUUCUCUGAACUAUGGGUGCUUAAAAAGGUUCACAGACUGGAUCAAAUUCAGAAUAAUGAAUAAGGAACUUGGACAAACAUCUGCUUGUAUUCCCGUAGUUAUGAGUGGAGAGGUUGGUCGCUCAGACCGAAAUAUCUCAACAACUGUUGGAUGGAUUACCAUGAGAUCUGGUUCAGACUUCCAUGAUCCCCAGAGGAUGAACUGUAAUGACGUUGUCUUCAUCUAUUAACAUUAUCUGCUCCAAUCUGCUCCGAUUUGCUAACCGGCACAUGCAUGCCCAGACUGUAUGUGAAUGGUCUAUGAUAUAAGAUCGUUUUCAUUUA